UCGCCAAGCCUCCAGCUCUCCACCUUUCCACGGCGACAGAGAACAGAAUAAGACCAACCAUGAGCCACUCUUCAGUCCAUACCUCUACUUCCUACAGGCGCACUUUUGGAAGCCCGCACCCCAUCUCCAUGUCCUACUCCUCUGUGUCCUCCCAUAUGCCCUUUUCUGGGGGGCGCUAUAUGCGUUCAGUGUCACCUGUGGUGACAACCCGUCCCACCACCUUCCACCAACAUCGUUCUCGCCCCAGCACUCAGUCCCCUCGCUUCACCUAUGAAAAGGUGGACUUCUCCCAGGCUGAAGCCAUCAACCAGGAGUUCUUAACCACCCGCAGCAAUGAGAAGGCUGAGCUGCAGGAGCUCAAUGACCGCUUUGCCAGCUUCAUCGAGAAGGUGCGCUACCUGGAGCAGCAGAAUUCUGCACUGCAGCAGGAGCUCAACCAGUUCAAGGGCCAGCAGCAUGGCCAGCCCAACCGCGCCUCUGAGAUGUUUCAGGAGGAGCUGAGGGAGCUGCGGCGCCAGAUGGACGCCAUCGGCAAGGAGAGGGACCAAUACCAGCUGGAGAGGGACAACCUGGCUGAAGACCUAGCCCUGCUCAAGCAAAGGUUGGAUGAAGAAGCCCAUAAAAGGGCAGAUGCCGAGAGUAACCUGGUUGCCUUCCGCAAGGAUGUGGAUGAUGCCACAUUGUCCCGUCUGGAGCUGGAAAGGAAGAUUGAGACUCUGAUGGAUGAGAUUGAAUUCCUUAAGAAGCUCCACGAUGAAGAAAUCCAGGACGUGCAAGUGAGUGUCCAGACCCAGCAGCUGAGGAUGGAGGUGGACAGCAGCUCCAGACCUGAUUUAACUGCUGCUCUGAGGGACAUCAGGGCUCAAUAUGAGACCAUUGCCUUAAAGAACAUGCAGGAAUCCGAGGACUGGUACAAAUCCAAGUUUGCUGAUUUAACUGAGUCUGCAAAACGCAACACUGAUGCUCUGAGGCAGGCCAAGCAGGACGCCAAUGAGUCCAGGAGGCAGAUUCAAUCUCUCAACUGUGAAAUUGAUGCGUUGAAGAACACGAAUGAGGCUCUGCUGAGGCAGAUGCGUGAAAUGGAGGACCAGUUUGGCAAUGAGACUGCCAACUACCAGGACAAUGUGACCAGACUGGAGGACGAGAUCCGCCAUCUGAAGGAGGAGAUGGCUCGCCACCUUCGGGAGUACCAAGAUCUCCUCAAUGUUAAAAUGGCUCUGGACAUCGAGAUUGCAACAUACCGUAAACUGCUGGAGGGGGAGGAGAACAGGAUCACUGUCCCCAUCUUAAAUAUUGGUAUGAGCAACCACCUUGGAGAGCGAGACUAUGAACAUACUCCAGGCAGUGUGACCAAGAAGACUGUGGUGAUAAAGACAGUUGAGACUAGAGAUGGAGAGGUGGUGAAGGAAUCUAGGAGGGAGACGGAGAGAGAUUCAGGCCACACUGAUAGGACCGACAAGGACGACAAGGAUGAAUAGAUGAAAAUUGAUUUAAAAAAUGUGAAGGCCAGUGCCAUUAUAGAAAAAAAAACUUGAAAAACA